GUAGAAUUGGUUGGUUUUUGCUUGCGGAUUCUGCGAAAUAUUUUCUAUUAUUUUUGUAACUGCCUCUAAUUUACUAAGUGCUUAAAAGGCGAUAAAGUUUCCAAAGCAAAGAUAGUGCGAUAGGGUGAUUUAAAAGCACAUGAUCUUUCAAUGAUGUCCCUAAAACCGAGAAAUGUGGACUUCCAGGAGACUUGGGCAAGCCUUAAGGAGACAGUGGCAGGAGUUGUGGCGUUACGGGCAGUAGAGCGUGCUGUGUGGAACAUGCGCUUCUCUGAUGUAUAUGCACUAUGUGUGGCACAUCCGGAGCCUCUCGCUGACCGUCUAUAUGAUGAGACUAGAAAUUUCUUGGAAGAGCAUGUCGGAGAACUAUUGAAAAGAGUUCAAGGAAAUGCAUCACUUGAAAGCAGUGAUUACAAUGAUGGUCUGCUUACGAGGUAUGUUGCGGCUUGGAGGGAGUACAGUCAGGGUGUAGCUUAUCUCAACAGUCUAUACUCUUAUCUCAAUCUGCAGCAUGUUAAGAAACAGAAGGUUUCUGAUGCGGAAAUAAUAUAUGGCUCAGCAGCCACUGUUAGCUGUCCAGAGCACGACUCCAGACAAUUAGAGGUGGGUGAGUUGGGGCUGGUGACAUGGGAGCGCAUCCUGGUGCAGUCGCUGUCUGCGGGAUUGACAGCGCGCAUUGUGGCCGCACUGAGUGCUGCACGCGACUGUCAGCUUGAACCCUCCAUGGCUGAUGUGCUGCAUGCUGCUAUACACAGCGCGGUGCAUGCACAAGCUCACCGUGUACGCGCACCGCUGCAGCUGUACCAGCAACUAGUCCUGGAGCCCUACUUGACGGCUGCUGCCACGCACCACGCUUGCCGUGCCGCCAGCCUGCUGCAGGACGGAGACAUAUCCCAUUAUAUGAAGCAUACACUUGAAGGUUUGGAGCGUGAAAUAAUGCUGGCGUGUCGCUACCUGCAUUCGUCGUCGCGCGAGGCGGUACGCGCGUGCUACGAGCGCGCUGCAGUGGCCGCGCACCUGCCCGCACUGCACGCGCACACCGAGCGUCUGCUGCGCGAAGCCUGCGCCGAUACACCUGAAGCCCUGCAGCGUCGUGAGGAUCUGAAGCGCAUGUACACGUUGCUGAAGCCGAUGAGUGGACAGGGGGCGCUGCGACCGCUGGUGGAUGCAGCGCACGCACAGACCGCACGCGAUGGCCUGCUGCUGCUUGCCAGCGAGCACAGCAAGGAUGAAGCGCACACGCACUUCGUGAACGCAAUGUUAUCGCUACACAAGAAGUACAGCAAACUGUUCAAUGAGGUGUUCGGAGGCGCGCAGGCGUUCGUUGGCGCACUUGAUAAAGCGUGCAGUGCGGUAGUUAACGCACGGGAGCCGGGAGAGACAUCAGCAAAAGCACCAGAGCUUCUCGCACGAUACUGCGACGCGCUGCUCCGACGUCGUGGUGCGGACGCAGACGCUGAUGAUAAGUUAGCAGCCGCCAUCAUCGUAUUCAAAUACGUCGACGAUAAAGAUGUCUUCCAGAAGCACUACUCUAGAGCACUCGCCAGACGUCUGAUACAUCAACUAUCAGCCUCCAUGGAACAAGAGGAAGCGAUGAUAAAUCGCCUCAAAGCUGCCUGCGGAUACGAGUUUACCAACAAGUUGCACAGAAUGUUCACAGAUGUCGCUGUCUCCGCGGAUCUCAAUGCAAAGUUUCAACAGCAUCUCAGAGAUAAUAAUCUAUCGUUGAACACAGGAUUCUUUAUACAGGUGCUACAAGCGGGGGCGUGGCCGCUGGGCGGGGCGAUGGCGCCGCUGGCCCCGCCCGCACAGCUGGAGCGACCGGCGCGCCUGUUCGAGGCGUUCUAUCGCGGCUCUUUCAGCGGUCGCCGGCUGGCAUGGCUACACCAUCUCUGUACUGGCGAGCUGCGCACGCGCUAUACACAGCGCGUCUACCACAUCAGCGCUACCACACCACAGUGUGCGCUGCUGCUUAUGUUCGAGAACGUGGACAAUGUGAGCGUGCGCGAAGCGAAGGACACGUUACAACUGACCGGUGAAGCGUGGACGCGUCACGUGCGUCCCCUGCUGGAUGCUGGCUUGAUAGCUGCGCGUGGCAACGUCCCCUCCCUCACAAGCCCCGCCUCUGCCCCGGGGGCGGAGUCAGACGGUGCGGGAGCGGCGCAGGAGGACGACGCUGAUGCGGAGCUCUUACUUAACCUUACCUUCACCAGCAAGCGUACGAAGCUGCGGCUGACAUGCGGCGCCGCGCCCACACACUCCGGAGGCAGUGGUGGGAGCGGGUCUGGUGGUGGCGGGGAGCCGGCGCACUGCGAGGACGACCGCAAGAUGUACCUGCAGGCCGCGCUCGUGCGCAUCAUGAAACAGAGGAAGGUGUUGCGGCACACGGAAUUAAUCCAGGAAGUGGUGGCGCAAGCUCGGGGCUCGUUCGCGCCAUCUGUCGCCAUGAUCAAGAAGUGCAUAGAGUCUCUCAUAGACAAGCAGUAUCUAGAGCGAGCGCCGGGCACUCUCGACACGUACGCCUACCUCGCGUAGGACCACACCUCCAGACCACGCCCCUUCACUUGCUACAAACCACGCCCCCACCCUCCUGUUGGGUUAUUGCACCAACAUAACUAAUCAAUAUACAGUUAUAUAUAAUUAUGAUUAAAUUUAGUAGAAUUUGGGUUACCAUGGCAACGGAGCUAAGAAUUCACAUCUUUGUGUACUGAAAUUUCUCAUGUCCCUAUUUUAGUCAUACUUUUUUUUCGCUAAAAUUUGUUGCCUUUUAGAGUUAUAAGCGCUAUAAUUUAAUUUUCUGUUUUUUUUUUGUUGCAGCAUUUUAAUCUCAUCUCUUUAGCUCGUCUAAGUAUAGUUUAAAAAAUAUUAAAUUUAAUAUAUUUAGUAUAUAUAAGCUCCGUGCCAUUUCAUUGGAAACCUCAUAUAUAUAGCCUUGGUAGAAAUAUAUUAUAAAUUUUAAUUUGAAAAAUAAUCUUUAUAAUAAAUGCAAUUCGUAGUAAUAAAUUUUAUUCAUGAUUUUAGUAAUUAUUUCCGUAAAAAAUAUUUAGUUUGUGUUUGCACUAAGGGUAGGUUUCCAUUGUCGAAACACUUGAAUAAAUUUGUCAUGUUUUUUCCGUUUAAAAACAUUUAAAUACAAUUUUUAUAUCAUUAGAAUUGUCGUUCGGAAAACCACCAUAAUUAUAAAUUAAAUUCGAAAGUGUUAUAAUUUUUUUAU